AUGCAUGAGCUCUUCGUCACAACCCAUGUGAUUAACGAAGAUUUAGACCUUACCCUACGCAUAUUGCAAGGCUAUUGCUCCUCAUGCCCUAGACAUGUCUUCACCCGGUUAUUGUCUUUCCAAGGGCCUCUCACUCGAGCCCCCAAGCCGAUCGAUCCCAAUUUGAUCAAGCAGCAGCCGCCGCAAAAAUUCGUGUCCUGGAGAAGCCUCUCCGAUCAAUUGUCCCGACAAUCCUACAUUCUGAAUGUCUCCUAUGAGAUCGAUCAAGACGAGUUCGGCCGGACGGAGAAUUCAGGCGACGCGCAAGUCCCCCAAGAAGGAUCACAACUCCUUGACCAAAGAUUUGGAACCCUCCGUUGGAAUGACCUGCCCGAGCCAACAGCUGCCAAGCCAGUAAACAGCCGUCUUCCUGAUCCUGGAUUGACCCGGCCCGUCAACAGCCGGUUGGUAGUCAAUAUAGAUAACCAGCAGGGUCUUUGCACGAUUAUGAAGAAACUGCAACACACAUGUGUCCGGGAGAUAAUCCAAGAAAAAUACAUGUCUGUGAAUGGAGAUAUUCUCUUUGAGUUGACUCGCUACUUGCUGUUUCCUACCGAGCCAGCAGGUCCUAUCCGCGCCACAUUGCCUGCUUUCAAUACACUGACGCCCUUCGACGCGGAGAACAAAUGGAUUCUAACGGCAAGCAUAUUGGUAGCCAAAGGGGACAACCCACAGCAGAUGAAGAAGGGAAUGGAUCAACUUGUGGCAAUCAAAAACGACUUUGAGGGGUGCUUUGACUUCAAGGCUAUGGAUCGACAUAUCUUUGAUACAAGAGUCAAAAUGUGA